AUGAGGUCGAUCGUUACCUACAUACGCUCCUCAGUGGGCCAUGCGAGAUGGUUUCAUUCUCGGCGAAAAGGCUUUGAUGCCCUUACAACACACCGAUUGGCGAGCAAGCAAUUCCGCACUGGGUUCUUCACAACCACCCCGCAAGACGAGGCUAAGAAGAAGACCCGAGGCAUCCCUACUGUCCCCGCUGUUAUAAUCGCUGGCGGACUGUUCGUUUGGGCUCUUUAUCCUUCAGAAGAAUUCGACCAAAUAUCAGAGGCUCAGACUUACCGCCGCGAGCGACAGUUGCAGCGAAAACGCGACAAGGAGAAGCUGGAAAGAGACGAGGAGCAGGAGCGCCAAGACCGGCAAGCAGCGAAAAACGCUUCAUCGGCCGCUGGUCCAAGCAAAUUCCCGGGUUUCGUCCGCAAGCUGCAGCGCGAGUUGUCCUUGGCGCCUGGGUCUCUUGCUGAUGAGAUAUGGCGUGACGCCCACGAUCCCUUCAUCAACCCCGAAAUCCGCCAUGAGGCGACUGUCCGCAUCUCGACUGAUCUCUGCGACGACGAGAAGGAAUUUCUCGCUCGUCGCAAGAUGAUCACACGAGUUGCCCUGGCCAACCGAUCAAGAUGGACUCUUCGACUGCGUCACCUACACUUCUGGUGUUUCCGGCUCCUGCUGGCUUCAGACCCUCUACUUCUCCUCCGUCGGCGGCCGCAGCUUCCCCGCAUCCUGGAGCAUCUCAAGUCUCGUGCCGCCAUUCACAUCGCCUACCCACCCGUUGCCUUCCAGGCUCUUGUCUCUGCUCCAACUAGCAAAUACCUUUUGAGCGGCUUGGUGGAGAAGCUGCGCGGCGACCCUCAAGCCAGUUUUGGCCUUGUCGAUAUUUACGGUCUGCUUCUGGCCGCUCGAUUUCUCGUUCCUAAGGGCGAACUCGAGGUCUGCGACAGCGACUUCAAGUUGAGCAACCAGCGCCAGUAUAUCAAAUAUGGACAGAAUCCCAUGCCAAUUUACACGGCAGUUCGCCACGAAAUCCCCGGUAUCGAUGACAACGAGCCCGUUGAUAGCGUUGAGGCCGCCAAGGAGAAGGCCGCUCGAGAGGCAUGGUUUCAGUGGUUUGAGAUCACGCCGUACGAGUUCUUCUGCGAAGAAUUCUCCGCGGGAAUACCAACUUGGGCCCUCGGUCGUAAAUUCAACAACGGUGUUGAUGUACCUCCUGAAGAGGGCUUCCAUCUGCCAGAGGUUCGCGUGCCGUUCCUCAUGGGCGUCUUCGGCUCCGCUUUCUGCGCAACACUCAGCCACUACUACCGCGAAGUCCGACCCCUUGUCCAGUCUCUUUCGGGUUUCAUGAACCUGGACAAGAUCAUCUCUGGUCGCUACAACAACGAUCUCGAGAAGGUUCACCCCAUUGACCCAGGGACUGUCGCCAACUUUGCCUACGGCAUGCACGGCCGGCUCCCUGACACCACUCCGCCGAGCAUCUAUGACAAUGAGUACAUUCAACUCAUGGAUGCUGGCAUGAGCAACAAUUUGCCCCUCUACCCUCUCAUGCGCCCUGGACGUGGUGUCGAGGUUCUCAUCGCGUUUGAUGCCUCCGCGGAUACGAAGACGGAUAAUUGGCUUGCCGUCGCAGAUGGCUAUGCUCGUCAACGCAAAAUCAAAGGCUGGCCCGUCGGCAUUGGCUGGCCCAAGGCUGGCGAGGCGCCCGAAGAACUUACAAAAGAGCUCGAAAAUGCCGAGGCUUCCGAUCUGAAGGAUGCCGACAGAAGGCUCAAUGAAGCGCAGAUCGCACAGAAGAAAACCCUUGGCAAGAACACCACUGACGAUCUGGGGUACUGCACCGUUUGGGUGGGAACGUCACAGGAGCGGUCCACCAGCCCGCCUCCGCCAUCCAGAGCUCUCGAUGACUCGACGCACUGGCACAUCUCUGAGCCCGAUGCGGGGAUUGCGGUUGUGUACUUGCCACUCCUCGGGAAUCCAGAAGCCGUGCCAGGUGUCAGUCCUGGCGAGUCGGACUUCUUGUCGACCUGGAACUUUGUCUACACGCCUGAGCAGAUUGACCAGGUCGUUGCCCUAGCCCGCGCCAACUACGCACAAGGCCAAAGGCAAAUUCGCGAGACGGUGAGAGCGGUCUAUUUGCGGAAGAAGAAACUCAGAGAGACCAAGGAGAAGGAGCGAAAGUCAGAGCGAUAUCGGGGCCUCGUCAGACGGGGAAUGGGGACGAGAUUGGGCGAGGGCGAUCAGUUCAGUUGA